GCAUCAGUGUGUGAGGACAAACACAUAAUGGAGCAGAGGAGUAAAAGUACCAGGCCUGAUAUUGCACCAUGCACCACCCAGAGCCAGAUUUACCGGGGUGUUCCUUGAUAUUUCCAGCGUCCUUGUGGUUGCAUAAAUUAAUUUACGCAGUGUCCACUUCUCUCUUGUCUGUCUCGUGCGUUUCUUCCAACAGCUUCAUUAACGACAGACCUCUAUAGCUGGUCAUUUUCCAGCUCUGAGUUACGGUUCAUUUCGUCAUGGUGCAGGAGAGGCCUCAACCCUCCACAUAGAGUCAAGUCCAUCUCCAUGACAACCUUCUCACAACAGGAGGUGGAAUUCCUUCAAAAUCAUGGCAACGAGGUCGGGAGGAGGACUUGGCUUUGUGUGUUUGACCCAAAGACAGACGGCUGCUCCGACAUGAAGGACUCUCAGAAGUUCAAAGAGUUCCUUCAGGACAAGUAUGAAAAGAAAAAGUGGCAUUUUUCCAAAAGUAAGAAUCGGAGGGAUGUCGAGGGUCCUUGGAGCCCCGGGGUCCAGCCUGUGCCCCCUUCACUUGGUCCUUUAGCGAGCCAGGCCCCUACUCAUAACAUGCCCCCCAACGCCAGGUCUGCAAGGCCCAUGUCUCAGGCCCAGAUGCCGUCGUGGGAUCGAAAUCCUGCGAUAUCGCCUGCCGACAUGCGGACGGAUGUGUUCACCGCUCGGCCGUCGCGCUCCCAAAGCUUCAGAGACCCCCCUCUGAAAGAUCCCACACUGUGUGGUAUAGAAAGACAGCGGCCAGGCUCUCUGUCAUCGGUGUUGGGUGCUCAGAGCCACGCCCCCUCCUUCCCCGCCCUCCCACGGCCCUCAGCCAGUAGCACUUUCAAAAACCACUUCACUUUAGGUCGAACAGUAUCUGCCUCAGGGGUCACGGGGCCUUUCAGGGCUUUCCCCAAGUCUAUCAGCGUUGACUUUGGAGGUCUGAGCCACCCUCAGACGCAGCCUCUGCCUCAGUCUCUGUCCCAGCAGCAGCAGCAGCAGCAGCAGCCGCAGUCUGGAAGUGUCGGCCAGACGGCGACAACCCAGGUCAUCGGCUCCAACCCCGGGGACAGAUACGCUGCAGUGUCACAUCUGGACAGCGUGUUCUCCGACCCGCCAGUUGGCACAGCUCCCCCUGCUGGGCCUCCGCAGUACAGCACCCUCUUUGGAAACAGGCUCUCCUCCAGCUCAACUCCUGCCAGCUCCCCCGGUGUCGAUACGGUCUCCAGCUCCCAAACCUUUGCCAAUUUCCCAAACCCAUUCAGCUCCAGCUCGGCCUCCCAGCAGCCCCCUGCCCUCUCCCCCAGUAACCCCUUCUGCAACGCUUCAGGAGGUGACUCCAAUGCGUUUGUCACAUCGCCCACCUCUGUUUUUCCUCCGUCCGCCUCCUUCCCAGCACCAGCCUCCCAGAAUGCAUUUCCCCAUGAGUCAGCUGGCAACCAGGAAGCCAAUGGUUUUGCCUCCUUUCCUGCGCCUGACUCUCAGUCCAAAGUCCCUCGACCCAUGUCGGUGAACCCGUUCACGGGGAAUGUUUACCCGAGUCGAGGAGCGUCGCGGAAUCCUUUCAUCUGAUCCCCCCCGCUCCUCUCCUUACCUCCAGUUCAUCUCUGGGAAACCGAGGGGAGGAGUGAACCUGAGGAGUCGCUGCCAUUUCAAUGCCUUUUUGGAGUAUUUUCAUCCCCUCCUCUCCUCUCCUCUCCUCUUCCUGUCUCUCCCCUCUAUCUCUGUCUGUGUUUACGUGUUUGUAGAGGGGGGGGGAAAAAAAAAAAGGUGUGAAUGUAAUUAUGUAAUCUGUGUAUGUAUGUGUGAGCGUGUUUCCCCCCCUUCCUGCUGUUGAUCUGUCUAAAAGGUGUUUGUGUGCCAGUAGACGCCACCUCAGGGCUCUGUGGGAGUCACGAGUGAAAAGACGCCUCUAUGAUUUUUGCAGAAACACACACACACACGUUGCUGCUGCUGCUGCUACUUUAAUUUCAUCUCCUGCUUAGAAAGUGCAUAAAAACCUGUUGCCGGUGAAUUCAUUUGCGUUUGUCUCAGUUUCCAAAGGAAAAAGAAAGUUGAGAGAGUUUUUCACAGAUUGUUCAAACAGCCUUAAACGCCUCCUUGAUGCAUGAGAAUUAGCAUUGAGAGACAAUCCGGGCUUCUCUCAGUAGUGUGUACGCGGAACAUGUUUGCAUUUGUCACUGUUUCUUUGUUUCCUCUUUUAAGGAGAGUCUAUGUUUUCCACUCCAAGGCUGCAUGCGCUUUGAGGGCUAAAAGGAGAUGCUACUGAAUGUAAAAAGCAAUGUCAGAAUUACUAAAAAUGUAUAUAUAUAUAAAAUAAAAAAAAAGAUCAUUGCUUCAUGUACCGGACCAAAAUGUUUCUCGCUUGUUCUUCUGUUGGGUUUUUUUUCAGUUGACAUGGAGGCAAAGUUUGUGUUCUUUUUUUUUUUGCCAACACAAAAAAAAAAAAGGAGAGAUUCAUGUAACAGCGUCUUUGUAUUGACAAGUAUUCAUGUUCAUAAAAUCAAUUUGUUGCUUCUUAA